CUGCCUCCCCUCCGCCUUCUCCAGCCCCCAGGGUCCGCGCAGGACCCGCCUCCUUCCACUCCUGUCCCGCCAGACCAUUCUCCGGACAGAGCUGUUGUUCUUCAGGCUCUCGGUCGUGUCCAUCUCUUUGAGACCCCAUGGACAGCAGCAGCUAGGCUUCCCUGUCCUUCACCAUCUCCCAGAGUUUGCUCAAAUCAGGUCCAUUGAGUCGGUGAUGCUGUCCAACCAUCUCAUCCUCUGUCGUCCCCUUCUCCUACCAGAGGAUGUUGGGAUGCAGAGUUGUAAGGAGCCGAAUAUUUUAGAAGUAAAUCGGACAAGGUACCCCCCUGCUUAUUAAAAGGUCCGGGUGUAUUUUCUGGAGUUAACUGCAGCCUUCUGGCCUUUGCAGUGCCAUCACUUACCCAGAGUGAUGUUAGACCUACACUAUGCCAGACACCACCCAGGCAUUUAAGAUCAAGAUCCAGGUGGAAAGACGAGAGGAGAAGAAGCAUGGUGUCCCAGGAAGGCAAUUAUGGGAAGUGGACAAUAUCCAGUAGUGAUGAAAGUGAGGAGGAGAAGCCGCAGCCAGACAAGCCAUCUGCCUCUCUCCUCCCCGAGGCCAGGCAGGGUGCCGCCGGGCAGCUGAAGUACACCUGCUCCGAGGCUCGGAAAGCCGCCCACAGGAGGAAGCUGGAGCCCAUGAAAUUCAGCAGCACAGACUCAGUUUCAGAAGCUUCACCUUGCAAAAGACAGAAGACCGGUUCCCAGGAGGACCUGGGCUGGUGUCUGUCCAGCAGUGAGGAUGAACUGCCUCGAGAGCUGCAGCAGGAGCAGGCGAAGGACUCGAGGGUCAAAGAGGAGAAAGGCCCCCUUUCUCCCAGGGACCGCACGGCUCGGGGAGCUGGGCCUCACAGCCCCCCAACCAGCUGUGGGCUCCCGGAGGAGGAAGAUGAGCAGGAAACAUCAGGGGAAGGCCAGGACGUCUGGGACUUGCUGGAUAAAGGGAACCCCUUCCAGUUCUACCUCACGAGAGUCUCUGGGAUUAAGCCCAAGUAUAACACGGGAGCCCUCCACAUCAAGGAUAUUUUAUCUCCUCUCUUUGGGACACUUGUUUCUUCAGCUCAGUUUAACUACUGCUUUGACGUGGACUGGCUCAUAAGACAGUAUCCACCAGAGUUCAGGAAGAAACCAGUCCUGCUUGUGCAUGGCGACAAACGGGAAGCAAAGGCUCACCUCCUUGCCGAGGCGAAGCCUUACGGGAACGUCACCCUCUGCCAGGCAAAGUUGGAUAUUGCAUUUGGAACACACCACACGAAAAUGAUGCUUCUGCUGUAUGAGGAAGGCCUCCGGGUCGUCAUACACACGUCGAACCUCAUCCGCGAGGACUGGCACCAGAAAACACAGGGAAUAUGGUUGAGCCCCUUGUACCCCAGAGUCGUCCACGGGACCCACGGAUCUGGAGAAUCGGCCACAAACUUCAAAGCUGACCUCAUCAGCUACCUGGCGGCUUAUAACGCUGCCCCUCUCAAGGAGUGGAUAGACACCAUCCGGGAGCACGACCUCUCAGAAACAAAUGUUUACCUUAUUGCCUCAACCCCGGGACGCUUUCAAGGAAAUCAGAAAGAUAAUUGGGGACAUUUCAGGCUUAGGAAGCUUCUAAAAGAGCACGCCUCACCCAUGCCUAAAGCGGAGUCUUGGCCGGUCAUAGGUCAGUUCUCCAGCAUUGGCUCCAUGGGGGCAGACGAAUCAAAAUGGUUGUGUUCUGAGUUUAAGGAGAGCCUGGUGACCCUGGGCAAGGAGAGCAGGACCCUAGGAAGUGCUGUUCCUCUCCAUCUGAUCUAUCCUUCAGUGGAAAAUGUGCGGACCAGCUUAGAAGGAUAUCCAGCUGGGGGCUCUCUUCCCUAUAGCAUCCAGACGGCGCAGAAACAGAAUUGGCUUCAUUCCUAUUUUCACAAGUGGUCAGCUGACACGUCAGGCCGCAGCAACGCCAUGCCACAUAUUAAGACGUACCUGAGACCCUCUCCAGACUUCAGUCAGAUCGCUUGGUUCCUUGUCACAAGAUUUGCACGUCCACAGAAGUGCUGCCCCGUAAAAUGGCCACCUGGAGAAACUAGACAUUUUAUGAAAGCACUGCCAGCCUCGCAUCCUUUCGCCGCUCUCCAGAAUUUCCUCCAAAGACCAAGCAGGCAAGAAGAUGAGCUUGAAGAAGCAGCCUUGUCUGAGAAGGUAGUGCCGAGGAGUAUUUGGCAAACCCCGCGCCAACCUGUCCAAGGCUGCCUGGGGCGCGCUGGAGAAGAAUGGCACCCAGCUGAUGAUCCGCUCCUACGAGCUUGGCGUCCUCUUUCUGCCGUCAGCGUUUGGCCUGGACAGUUUCAAAGUGAAACAGAAAUUCUUCUCUGGGAGCAGCCAGGAGCCCACAGCCUCCUUCCCUGUGCCGUACGACCUACCUCCAGAACUGUACGGAGACAGAGAUCGACCAUGGAUUUGGAACAUCCCUUAUGUCAAAGCACCUGAUACACACGGGAACAUGUGGGUUCCCUCCUGAGAGCAGGAAAGCUCUGUGAAGUUGACAUGUAAGGCCUGAGCCCCAAACGUUGGAUGUCCUUGUUUGUAAUGGGUGUUCACUUCCCUUAAUGUUUUAUCAGCCCCCAACAAAACUCUGCAAAGGCCAGUCUUUCAGACAUGAACGUUGGUUAUCCUUUCAAUGGUCACUGUUGACAUUCUCACUUGAAAAAAAAUUGUAUAUUUUCUUAACUCCCUUUUCUAUGCCUUGGAAUAAAAGCUAUUAAACUUC